AUUAUCCUGUGCCCCUCCUCUCCCUGCCCCUCCUCUCCUCCCCCUACUUUCUCUCCCAUCUCUUGGCUGCUGGAUGAAGCAGAUUUGGAGAAGAGGGGCUGUGGACAGGUAAGGAGAUCCCUGUCUCCAGAAGCCCUGUGCUGUGUCCCUGCACAUCUGGAGCUGGUGGGUGAGUGACUUACAGCAGCUGUUUUUAGUCUGUUAAUUCCUCUAAUAUUAAACUAGUCUCUGAGUCAGAACUGUUUAAUGUGCUAUUAUAUGCAAUGCAUGCUAUAUCCCUCCCCAGUAUUUAUGGAAGAUGAUCUGUGUGUCUUUACCUGCACCUACACUCACAUUACUUGCUCCUACACUCACACUACCUGCCCCUACACUCACAUUACCUGCCCCUACACUCACACUAUCUGCCCCUACACUCACAUUACUUGCUCCUACACUCACACUACCUGCCCCUACACUCACAUUACCUGCCCCUACACUCACACUAUCUGCCCCUACACUCACACUAUCUGCCCCUACACUCACACUUUCUGCCCCUACACUCACAUUACCUGCCCCUACACUCACACUAGUGGGGAGCAAUGUGUGAAUAUUACAUGUGUUCUCUCCCCAUCACUGGACAUUUAACAUUCUGCUCACUGUCUGCUAAAUGUAUCACUUAUUUCUCAAUCCUUUUCACAUUCAGACAAUCUUUUGCUCAUCCCUCUGUCUCCUCUCUCCAAAUCCUUCUGUUCCUUGUUAGAGGGGGGAGAGGUUGGGGCUUCUACAAAUCUUCUUUAUUAUUGUGUUAUAUGAGUUACAUCGUUAAUGCUGGAAGUAUUUUAUUUUCUAAAUACUCAUUGUUUUCUGUAACGGUGUACACGUCUUCCCUUGUGUCUGAUUUAUCACACCUUACCCCAUUACCUUCCUAAUGAGAAUCUUAGCUGUGAAUUUGGGGAUUUUAAAAUUGGUGCCAACUCACUGGGAAUCCUGGCUGUCAUGUUAUCUGAGUUACACUUUUCCAAGCAAGGAGGGCAUCUUUUGUGCACUACAAUUCCCAUCAUGCUCUGAGACUGAGAAUCACUUCUAUUCCUUCAACUUAAACUGAGUUUUUUGCUGCAAUUUUCUCUUUGCAAUAGACAUAAGAUCAACUAAAUGAACAUUGAUUUCCUACAAAAUCUUCCUGCCCUUUCCUUUAAGUCUCCUUAGUCAUUUAUUAUUUUCUAUGCUUAAAAAAAAUUAUAUAUAUAUUUUUAUAUUUUUUUGUGUGCAAAUUUGCUGAAUACAUAUUUAUAUUACUUCUUGUAAACAUAUCAGAAAUUAACAAUAUAUUUUGGGGAAAUGACCAAUGAAUGUAUUAAGUCAUUGUCUUUAAUCUUAUUGUUUUUAAUUAUUUUUUUAAUUUUAUUUUUUUAGCUACAUAAGUUUAAGCGCUUCAUCAAGAUCUGAGCAAAUUAAGAAUUAAAUUAUCGGUAACAAAAUGACAAUGUUAAUUUAUUAACUGGUGUCUUGGUGUAGAACAGCGUCUCUAUGGGAAGUAAUGAGAAUCCGUGUUAUUCCAACACAAUUCUUUGGAAAAAUCUCAAUUUGCUUAAGUCAGCUUUUUUUUUGACCUGACACCCCCAUCACUGUUUUCAAAGUCGAGCCACAGGAUGACAAAUACAAUAUUGGAGUGGGAUUUUCUUAAUAAACACUUAGGGCAGCUCUGUUUCAAGAAGGUCACAUAUUUAAAAUCUAUUUCUCCUGUGAGAGUUUAUAUAUUUUUUAUGACUCACUGUAUAAUUUGUGCUAAUUACAUUUCGGUGUCAGCCCCCUCUGAUUGAUUUAAUUAAUAUAGCAUUAUAUGUUGCAGAUCUAAAAAACAAACAAAAAACACAAGCCAGGAUUUUAAAGACUGAAGACAGUCUUUGAUAUCCCUCUCGAAUCUGGAUUAAAAAUCCCCUGCCCAAGGCAAAGUAUCUCAUAAAUAAAUAAGAGACACAAUAAGCCUUCAUGGGAAGAUUGAGUAACCUUUAAAAUUAACUUUUUACUUAUUUAUUUCUAAGGGGAGCGAAAAGAAUACAUAUUGUUUUCAAUGAACCCCCUGUAAUGUAUAUAAUAUCCUAUAUGAGCUGUACAUUCAUUCGUUUGGGAUCGCCUCAUGUUUUUAAGAGGAUAUACAAUGGGGUUUAAUUACUAAACUGGAAAUUGUGGAGAAUUGACAAGAAGUCUGCAUUUUUGUGUAAACAAGACAGCAGGGCUGUGAAAGUCCUAGAUUUGUAGAAUUGCUCCAGUUCAGUUUAUUUUGCCUAUAUUUGCCAAUCGCUUUCCCGCUUUUCAAAGUUCCCAAUUAGUGAAUACACCCUAUAUUAAAUCAAAGUGAAUCUCACAUUUUAGUAGCUGUAGUUGGCUUGCAUUGUUUACAAUUUGGGAGAAUAUUUUUUACAAUUUGACUAUUUUUGAGUAAAAUUUGAAAUCCACUUUGCAUUAUUAUUUAUUUUAUUUAUGUAGCACCAUCAGAUUCCGUAGCGCUGUACAAUGAGCAUUCAUAGAACACUUCCCAUAUCCGGAUAGAUUUCUUAGUAAUGAAAUGAAGUUUAGUGUACUUUUUAUAUUAGUUAAAAAAAGGUGAACUAAUGUUAGUAGACACCACUUAUAUAAUACAGGGUGAGGGGCAAUUAUCAGAUUCGUGAAAUCUACCGAAUGAAUCACUUUCUUUCGCAGCUGGCGGGUAAUAGACGCAGUGCAAGGCAUGCUGGGACAUCGUCGUCUGUUGGCUUAUGAUCUGGUCUCCACAGCUCAUCAUAAGCUUUUUAUAAACUAAUGUUUUAUUGUUUCCAUGGAAACUUUGCUUUCUGCUAAAAAAAAAAAAAAGCUUGAAAAAACCCAAUAGAAAAAAUAUAAACAUGCCAGAAAAAUAUAGUACAGCCCUUCACACAACUAGUUAUUAUUCUUAGGCGGAGUUUUAUUUCAUUAGAAUUAGUAUUAUAUUUUAUUUAUUUCCUUGUGGUAUAGACAGUGCCAGACAUGCAGUAAGGAUUAUUUUAUCAACAUGUUUGUGGGAUAAAAUCAGUUCAUUUAUAUAUGACCUUAUUUAAAGGGACACUAUAGGCACCCAGCUCAUUGAAGUGGUCUGGGUGCAGUGUCCCAGGUCUCUUUACAAUGCAAUGGUAAUUACUUCGUUUUUAAUAAACUGCAAUAAUUACCUCUGAGGGUUAACUUCACCUCCAGUAGCUGUCUACCAGACAGCCACUGGAGGGACAUCCGGGUUGUUGGGCAACUUGUGGUCGGCUUACUGUUGCUGGACGUCCUCACACUAUGCAUGGAGACAUCCAGCGUCACCCAAUACCCCAUAGGAAAGCCCCACAUGUGCAUUAGGUCUCCCCCGCCGGCUGACGGUGUGGGAGGAGCGGAGGUGGAGCCCAAACCAGCGCAGAGAAACAUCGGUGCUGGAUUCAGGUAAGUGUCAAAAGGGGUGGGGGCCACCAGAUAAAGGGGCACUAUAGGGAGCUAUCUGGACAGAAAUAAAAUAAACCAUUUACCAAUUAAUGAGGUACAGAUAAGAAAACAGUUGUAAAUAAAUAAAAAUUAAUUUCCUCACAGUCUAUAAUCAUAUAAUAAUAACCAGUAACGGUAUAUUCAGAUUACUCUGGUUUUCAAUUACAUCCUGGGGAUGUUACCUUAGCCAAGCAUCCAGGGGUUGUUAUGAUUACCCAAUUUAAUGGUUUUAUCUACCUCAGAUGGAUGAAAGGCUGAGUCAACCCCGCCAGGAUUUGAACCUACAGCCUUAGUGUUGAACAGAUUCUACUGAUGAUGCAUUAGUGUGUUGUGUUUAUUGUGGGACUGUGUUGUCUGGGCUAGGGGUAACAGUGUGAGCAUGAGGGUUAUUGCCUGUGGAGUGGUGCCUCUGCCUGAGACUGCCUGUGUAUUUUUGAGGGUGACUCUGGCAGGAAAGUUGUGACAGAGUGAGUGUAACAUAAUGACUGUCUGUGAGGGGAGGGAGUUGUGGUGAUGUGACAUGGUGACUGUAUGUGUGGGGAGGGUGUAAUGUGACAGCACAGCAUGAGUGUGACAUGAUGACUGUGUGUGAUGGGAGGGAGUUGUGUGUAUGUGACAGGGUGACUGUGUGUGUGGGGAGGUGGUGAUGUGACAUGACUGUGUGUGAGGGGAGGGAAGGGUGGUGAUGUGACAGGGUGACUGUGUGUGUGGGGAGGUGGUGAUGUGACAUGACUGUGUGUGAGGGGAGGGAAGGUGGUGAUGUGACAGGGUGACUGUGUGUGUGGGGAGGGGGUGAUGUGACAUGACUGUGUGUGAGGGGAGGGAGUUGUGUUGAUGUGACAGGGUGACUGUGUGUGUGGGGAGGGCGUGAUGUGACAUGACUGUGUGUGAGGGGAGGGAGUUGUGUUGAUGUGACAGGGUGACUGUGUGUGUGGGGAGGGCGUGAUGUGACAUGACUGUGUGUGAGGGGAGGGAGUUGUGUUGAUGUGACAGGGUGACUGUGUGUGUGGGGAGGGCGUGAUGUGACAUGACUGUGUGUGAGGGGAGGGAGUUGUGUUGAUGUGACAGGGUGACUGUGUGUGUGGGGAGGGCGUGAUGUGACAUGACUGUGUGUGAGGGGAGGGAAGGGUGGUGAUGUAACAGGGUGACUGUGUGUGAGGGGAGGGAGGGGUGGUAAUAUGACAGGGUGACUGUGUGUGUGGGGAAGGGUGGUGUGACAGCACAGAGUGGCUGUUUUUACUUCACAAUCUGGAUACAGACAGUCAGAGAAAAUGCAAACAGGUAAAAAUAUCAUUGAUAUCUGCUUCUAUGGGAAUCCUCUCCUUCUAAUGCAGCUUGUUUUGUUGUUCAUAUCAUUCAAUACUGUCAGUGGCUGAGUUGUGCUACCUGGGGUACCAUUUUGAUACAGAAGUCUUUUUCUGGAAUUAAGGGACGUGGUUAAAGAGGCAGCCUUAUGGAGCACUAUUUAUUUAUUUUAUGGAAAAACAAUAAAGAUUCAAGUGUAAAAAAAUAAAAUACAGCAUAGUAAAUAGGCUGAAACCUAUCAAAUGCAUUAAAGUAUUAUGGGUGCCAGGAGUGUCCCUUCUAGUACUUAGAUGUAGAGGGCACCCCAUUAAGAAGUAAUUUGUGCUGAAUUUGGUUUCGCCUGCCGAUUGUCUUCUCUUCAGUCCAAUCCAAAACUGUAUACUUAAGCAAGUCUAAUACAAAACUGUAUUCAGUAGCUGACAGUACAGUACAAAAAUGGCAAAUGCCAGGCACUUUCCUUCCUACACCAAAAAGCCUUAUUGGUGAAACGCGUAGUUGGAUUAUUUUAUUAUACAAUCAAUAAAGCAUUGAGGUUCCUCGAUUUCUGAAACCUGCUAGACUUUAUUGAUAUUUUUAUUUAUUUUAUGUCAUUGGUUCCUGGCAAUAUCCUAAUCUUCCCAAUUCCUGGAUUACUACCUUCAAAUCCUCGGUGGGGAUUGUUCCACUUACACUACAAAUAUUGAGCAAAUCCAUUUCUCACAAUUUUGUGAGUACAUUUUCAAUUCUCUCCAUAUAUAAUAUUAGAACACUAUAUUCCAUCUCCUUGUUCUUAUACAUGUGAAUACUGCUGGAGAACAAGUAUAUUCAUUAUAUAUCCCUGGAUGGGCAUUAUACCACCUUAUAUCUGAAAAUGAGAUCUUUAAUACAAAGCUCUAUACUUGUGAGUGUACAUUUUAUAUUCUUUGACACUUCAUGUACCCUGUAGUUAUUAUAAGCUCUGCCCAGAGAGAGCAUAGAAACAAUGUGUCUGUUUAUUCUCCUCAUUUGCAAAGUGGACCAUGACUGUGCCAGGCAUAAACUAGAUUAUGAUGUCAUAUGCUAUAUAUUUAAUAUAAAUGUGAAGAAAAUGGAGCAUAUUAUGAAAAAAAGUUAGCACAAAUGAUUGUGUUAUAAUAAUUAAGUAAUUUCCAAUGUUUUUUUCAGUUGUGUAAUUUCCAGAGAAGGGACAUUUCACCUUUAACUCCUUAAUACCAAAGGAUUUAUACAAAUGUUAUUAAAUUAUGACAUUCAUUUCCUUUUGAAGUGCUGAAAAAGGGGCUUGUAUUUUAUAUUGCAGUGACUAACACAUUGUUACUAUGUUAUUGCUGGCUGUGUAGAGUUCAUCAUUUGCAAGCAGAAUGCACGAAUGGCAGUUUGCUGUGUGUAUGUGUAGCAGAUCAUUACAGAGCAAGAAUUAACAAGCUUGCUUUGGGGCUCAAAUUCAGACAAAAGAACAAAUCACUGGCCUGUAUCUCUUAGGAAAUAAUAAGCUGCAAAAAUGUGCUAAUCAGCCAAAAUGUCCAGGAAACAAGCAGAGUUGUAUGCCUUGGUCGUUCGCUAACGAGGCGUCUUAUUAAAAAUAUGUUUAUGAUAUUAUACAUUCCUGCUGGUGUCAGCAUAGACUAUUAAACACAAUGCAAGCCUCGGACUGCUUCUCUCUGUUUGGGAGAGAACUGUAAAAUUUGGGGAAUGUCACAGGUUCGUAAAAUCCUCAGUUACAUGGAAAUUUAAAAGCAAAAAUAAAAAUUAAAGUGAAAAUUUAAAACAUUUAGUGUCCUUUGGAUUUAUGAGAGAUAAACUUGCAUAUAUGAGGGGUUUAAGACUUGAGGGGAUUUUGAUUAAUUGCCAAUAUCUGACCAUUAAUAAGUCAUAAUAUCAGAAUAACAGUGUGUUUAAAAGUCACAGGCUGGGAACACUGAAACCGAAGUUGUAACGGUAACUGUCAUUCAGUAUGAAUAAAUGGACCCAAUCUAGGCUUCUCAUUCCGAAAUCACAAACUGUAUUUUUAAAGGGAUAAAGAAUCUUUAAAAAAUGUGUACAUACCUUGACGUAAUGGGGCAUACAACUAUAUAGUAUAGCACUUAACUGAAUGCACUGCUUUUGUAUAAAAUAAGGAUAGUCUGGGGUAAUAGAGACUGUGACGGACCGCCUGGCACCCUGACCAGGUACCUCCGUCAGUUGCUGCUUCCUAGUACUUGCGAGCACCAUAAGCACCGCACUGGAAGACAAUAACCACUGUAAACCCCACAAACCACCGCAGUCCUCGCUGCUCUCCACCCACCCUGGACCCAAGACCAGGAUCCAGCUUCCAGUUGGUAGACCUCCCCUAGUCCAGAGAGCAAAGCAGGUUGCUCUUACAAGAGCAAUCAUUGUGAUCCAAGGGAGUAUAGUGAUUAUAGCAAUCCCCAGAGUGAAUAUAGCUCUCCAAUCCCCCAAACACGAGCCUAGACGUCAUGAAGGGUAAAACAAAUCUCUUUAAUGGCAGCCACAACUGGCCUUAUAUGCAGUUCCCCAUGCAAGGGGCACUCCCCCCUGGACCUGAGAGUAGACUACAGUAAAAAUAUAUACACAAUCACAUUGGCUCUCAGGUCCAGGACGCUCCCAUACAAAAUAGGUCAAUCCCUCCCCUAUGCCUGGGAGAUAAUUGAGUCAAGCACUGUAUUAAACUCAAUUAUCUCCAGGCACAGAAACAUACAUUUUUACAAAACCCCCAAAAUACCUUAAAACACACAAAAUACCCACAAAAGUUACAUCCCCCUGAUAGCCCUGAUCUGGGUAACCAACAUACCAAAAAAUCACCCAGACCAGUUCAGGGGUUCAAGAAUUUCCUGGAAGUCCUAAUUUGACCGACCAACCCAUACCCAAAACAGUUCCAUAGAAUCAGAGCUUGCAGUCGGACUAGUUUGGUAGUUUAAAAAUGAACAAACUACCCAACAUAGUCAAUAGUCUUACCCUGGAGUUUGUUUCCCUUGUUCGUGGUAACAUUUCCACCGAACAGUGCCUUACUAAGUGUUGUAGAACCGAACGCAGGCGAUGCUGGAAGUCCACCGGUGUUCGGGAGUUUCUGUGUUCGUUUUCAGUUCCAUGAGAUUCAUGCCCAAACACCGCUGCUUGCAUUCGUUAUCCAUAGGAAUUGCAGCCACCCAGACGAACACUUAGAACACUGCGGUGGAAAUUGCUACAAAGUAGCAAUUAGGCUUAACAAGCUCCAGGGUGGUCUCCGGUUCGUGCGGCUGUUCGGUUCCCGAACCAAAUAUAAAAUCCCACGAACCAAGUCUGUUCACAUGUUUUUUUAAAGGGCCCUUAGUCUUUUGGUAAGAGGCGGGCAAGCAGGCCCCUCCAAGAACACGUGACGAUGCUCAGUUCGUCACAGAGACCAUACAAGGUGUGUUGUAGAGCACUUGUAACCUAAUACAUUCAUUGCAAUAAAGAAAUUGUGGGCUGGUGGAGUGAAGGAUUUAAACUUAGAAAGGAUUGUUGGGAUAGUUACUUAAACCCAAUAAUACAAUUUGCACACCGCUGGUCUGGUCAUCAGUAUGUAUGCAAAAAAUACUCUGAUGGCAGACCAACAAAAAGAUCAGAUUAACAAAGAGUCAAACAGCAAACGUUCUGUGUAAUUUUCUAAGGGUAACCACUAGUGUUAGUGUGAAAUGCGUAGGUAUUUUCUCUACCUCUGUUAGUAAAUGUUCAUGUAAAUACAACUGAUUUUUUAAUAGCAGGUAUGCAGCAAACAGGUGUUUAUUAAUUUAUUUUCAUCUGUUUUAUUUCCUGUUGAAGGGGGGAGGGAGAAGAAGGUUGAAAAAUAAGUUAAAUACCUAAGAGGGCACUGUACGCGUUUCACAUCUACCCUGACGCUUUAUCAACAUUCCAUUCCCUGGAGUUUGAUGUAAUUUGCAUGAUUAGACAUAACUGAAUGCUGAUUGGCUUAAACUCAAGGCUCCAAAAAUCCAAUCAGGAUACAACUUUGUUUUUUAAUGGUUUUUUUUCCUGCUGUUCUGGUUUCUAUAGAAUUCUUGUAGCCUACAAGUCUUACAAAAGUUAUAUACAUUUCUCAACUUGUCUCCGUCUACUAUUUCAAAUGAAAUAUGUUCAUAAUAAACAUAACCGGCCCUUUAUAACCACUUUAUAUCCACUUCACUCAAUCAGAGCACAUGUUUAAACAGAAAUUUCAGACAAUGAAUGAUAAAGAUAGGAUACGCACAGCGGCCACCGUAGGUUCAUGGCAUUAUAUAUAUAUGUCGUCUUGCCUCAAGGAAGUCCGAACUAGGAAAGAAUGUUAUGUGAGAUGGUUAAUGUCCUUCAAAACCAAAGAAGACUCCCAGAUGGUCAAUGUUAAGUACAUUCAAAUAGAAAAUAUAUAAGAACCCAUUAUAUAGCCUUUGAAAUAAUAUCAAAUCCACAAUUUCUAGAGGUUUGGAAAAGCACAUCAACCUCCUGUAGUUGGUACAGAUCAAUAGAAUUUUUUUGUGUCUCGUUUAUUUGUUGUUCUAUUUAUGAACCAGGUCAGAAGUUGAAUCUCCUCUGGGAGAGUUCUAUAUAUCUCACUGUGCCGGCAGCUGCAGACAGCAAUCAGGUAGCCGUGUACAAACGUAGUGAUUAUAUGUUGCUCGUAAUCACUGCCAAGAGAAAUCUCACUUCCAGUCGGGAGAGAUGAAUUCAGACAAACCGGAGAAGAAAGGAAAGGGUACAAUGAAACGUAUUGGGGCCUUAAAUCAUCACAGUGGAGUCAAAUAAAACAUUACUUUAGACCAACGCACAGUCAUUACUUUACUCCACAACUAAUAGCCAGCUACAGCAUUUGCAGAUUUUUCAGCCUCGAACUGAUUAACAAGGGUGGAACGGAUAGAGGAACAUAUCACCAACCUUUGAGAUAACCAAAAAGAAAGACCCCUUAAUUAACUGGACUAGCGAAAAGGAACAAGCUGAGGUCAGGGCCUCCAGAAGUCAGAAUAGUUGUAUAAGAUGCUAGAGGUCAGGGCAGGCAGCAGACAGACUGGUAACAUAAUAAGCCAGGAACAUAGAACACAGGAUAAUCCAGAGAACAAUUCUAAACGUAAAGCCGUCACCGUGGAAGCAAUGGAAUAUUCCUUAUGAGUUUAUACAUUAAACUGUUAACAGCUUUCUAGUAACCUACUUUGCCACCUUUCCCUUACCUCUUGAGCAGAGCCCUCAACCCCUCCUGUGUGUCCAACCAGUCUGGUUAUAAAUACAUGUCUGUUAGUCCACCCAUUGUACAACACUGCCGAGUUUGUUGGCCCUAUAUUAAUAAUAAUAAUAAUAUAUAAAUCAUUAUCCCUAGAAUUGUUCCUAACGCAUGCUCCUCAUUACACAUUAACUGGGUGUCAUGCAUGUCUAGAAAGCUGUGCUGUGAGUUAAAGGGCCAAUCAAAUGCCAAAAACUUGCAUAUGACAAGUUCAGCAUUCGCUAAGGCAGAAAUUAAAAAAUAUCAAUAUAUCACGUCUACAUCCCUCCUAGUUGUCUGCUCUAAAUGAAUGUGAGCAGACAUGCAUGCUUCUACCAGUUCAGUAUUGACACCUAGAGAAUAGAUUGUUUAGCGGCUUGGAGUGUCCUUUAAAACUAUAAUCUUCAUUCUUCUCAGUCCAUUCUCUCUGUCUAGCUACCAUUAUGUCUUUUCUAGUUUCUUAAAUGGUUUGUAACACUCAACUGAUGUUCUUGAUUCUGUCUACUUGAUCUUCUGCAAUCUGGUUCCCACUUUCUGAACUCGAAUCAAUGAGGCCAAUGAUUUAAUCACAGUUCAAUCCAAGGGUCACUGCCCUGUCACCUAUUCUUCUUGACCUUUCAGCUGUGUUUGACACAUGGGACCACCCGCUUCUUCUUCUUACCCUUUACGACCUCUGCCUUCGUGCCUCAGUUUCUAAUCUCACCUCUCCCACCACUCUUUAAGCCACCAAUUUCCCAGCAACCUCUUUAAUGUUGAGCACCCCAAGUUCUGGGUCCCCUUGUGUAAUAAUUGUCUCUCUUAGCAAUUUUAAAACUUUUUUUACAGACUCGGUGUGAUAGCAGAGGUCACUGCCAGGACCAUAUAACCCAGCUAAACUAAGAGAUGAGAUGAUUCUUACAAUUCUGCUAACUUUUUAAAAUUUUAUUUAUAAAACUUGCAGAUGCCUUGUCAAUGCCAGACAAUUUUCAGUUCAGGGAAUAUUUUACAAGCCAAUACAAUAUGUAUACAAGUGAAAGACAAAGGCAGGGUUAUCUGCUAAACUGUGAAUUGUUGGGCUAUGUGUAAAUACCAAUUAUUGGUUCAGUUUCAAUUUCACUUGAUUUUAACCAAUAAAUUCCUUAAUAACAACCUAGCUUUUAAAGAUCACAUAUUAUAUUGGAAUGUGUCACUCACAUGAUUGCGUUGCAAAUUCUAAAUUAGCUUGACAUUCCAUACUGGCGCUGGGUAUUUAGGGACCAGAUCAUGAUGACUUAAAAUAUAAUUGGUCCUUAAAGGGACAUUCUACGCAUCAAAGCAAAUUUAGCUCAGUGAAGCUGUUUUUGUGUAUAUAUCAUGCCCCUACCAUCUCACUGCUCAAUUCGCUGCCAUUUAGGAGUUAAAUCACUUUUAUUUCUGUUUAUGCAGCCCUAGCCACACCUCCCCUGGCUGUGACUGAUACAGCCUGCAUGGAAAAAAAAGGUUACAUUUUCAAUCACAUCUUUACUUUAUUCUGUAAAUUAAACUUUAAUCACACACAGGAGGCUGCUACAGGCUCAAGCAGGGCAUUAACAGAGCAGGAGAUAAGAAAUUCUAAAUUAAACAGAAUGUGCCAUAAAGGAUGUUUAAACAUUAGAUCUCUUUCUUUACAGUAAGUGUUUAAGAAGGCUGUGUAAGUCACAUGCAGGGAGUUGUGGCUGGGGCUGCAUAAACAAAGUGAUUUAGUGACCUCCUAAAUGGCAGAUAAUUGAGCAGAGGCAUGAUCUAUUUAUUUUGCUGCUUGUUUCGUGCCUAUAGUAUCCCUUUAAGGUGUUAUAGAUUUUAGCUUUUUAAAAAUGUUUAAGUAUUAUAUUUACACAAUGUAAUAGAUUAAAACAUUUGUGUAUAGAAAAGACAAUUCUACAAUAUACUCUUCUGAUACAAAGCUUUAUAGGUUAAAUAAUGAAAAGCAUUUAACUAAAUAUGCCUGGCCUGGCCAACAUUAUGUCCACAAACGUGAUUUAGAGCAAGAUAUAACGGCGGUCCCUGGAUGUUUGUGUUGGUGUGUAUUCUGUUCUGUGGCCCGCAGAGUGCUGUAAAGUCCUCUUUGUAAUUUUGUGCAAAGAAAAUAUAUGUCUACGUUCUGUUGUCCUUUCGGUGAGUCCCCUUCCCACGUAUGUCUGAUCCCUGGGAUUUAAUCCUCCGUGUACAGCAGGAGCACGAGAAUAAAGAAAACGUCUGAUAAAAAGCUUCUUUUUGGUCACCCCAGCUGUCAUCAUUGCCAUGGCUUUAUUCUGCUAUUCACGGCCCUAAAAAAAACCUUUAAUAUCAAGUCCAAAAAGUGACAAUGAAACCACCACCCAGUGAAACCAGCAUGUGGAGGAAUCGAGGGAAUAGAUCUUUGAAGUUUAAUGAGACUUUAAUUCACGCUCGCUAUGAAGUCCUUGGGCCUGCCAAAUCUCCAGCCUCACAAUUUAUGGAGAGCAAAGUGUUUUCAGGAUAAUAACACGAUAAACAUUCAGUGCCCCUAAGGUCUGAUUUACGCAGAACACCGCGAGCUUGGAACGUAUAACGCACUGAGAAUGACUGAGCAGGAAAAAUGCACAAUCCAAUUUAUGGAAGGCGCGAAAGAAUAAAUGCAGCUUUUCCGAUACACCGAUCAUUUGGUUUUUUGUGAUCACUUGAGCUGUAAAGUCCAAGUCAAACAAACAUAUGUUUGAAUUACAAAUAUAUUUCUACCUCAGCAAACUAUGCAUUCAGGUGGCUGAAGGAAAUGUAUGGCUCGAGGGGGGGGGGGUUUCUUUAAACGUGUUGUCCCUGCCAUCUCUGCAAAAUCACCAAGGAUUCCGAAAAUCAUAUAAUGAAACCUGUGCUGUAACAUUUCUGUAAAUAAAUACUUAGCAAGUCCUGUCUGAUGCCAGUGUAAUCUAUGCAUUGUCCCAAAUCGCUAGCAACGGUUUGGGGUUUUAUCUACCAAACCCACAAUUGUGGGGAAUUGUAAAGGGCAUUGCAAUUUGUGCUACAAAAGAGACCAAUUGGAAACAUUCUUUAGCAUUCUUUAAUUUAACAUUUUGUUCUCAAACAUGCAAUACCAUUGUCCAAUUAGUAAAGGAACCGUUUUACAAACCUCUGUUUUGGGGGUAGGCAACCUUCGGCACUCCAGAUGAUGACCAUAUCUCACUUGAUGAAUGUUAGAGCAUUGUGGGAGAUGUAGUCCACAACAUCUGGAGUGCCGAAGGUUGGCUACGCCUGCCUUAUUUGGAUACAUGUAGCAAUUGUACCUCUGUUAGUCAUUUGUCUGUCCCAAUGUAUUGAUAAAAAGUAGCAUUAUCAAAUAGCACUUUACGUAUUGAGACUUUUUACCCUCGCAGGGUAAAAAGUAAAAUGUAAUUGGAUUUACAGCUUCCACGGGGUCACCUCCUCCUGGAGAGCUAGAAGCAAAGGACGGCGAUGCCCUGGAGGGCUUAGCUCAGGGGAGCGAACGCAAGCUUCAUGCAGGAGUCUUUAGCUCUCCUGGAGGCUGUGACCAGCACUCAGCGGACCCAAGGCAAAUUAUCAAACCACCACAACAAGUUAGACUACUUACCUUGGGAGGGUAGUGGUUAUGGUGCUUGAAUAUUUCCUUCUAAAGUUACCAUUACCUGGGCUUACCGUUAGUCUUGUUACAUUUACAAAGAAUAAUCGUAUCUCUAGACUGUAAGCUCGUUUGGGCAGCUACCUAUUGUUUCUAUAUCAUUAUCAUCAUCAAUGUCUCAUUAGUUGUUCAUUUUACCCCUUUCAUAAUAUUGUAAAGCGCUACGGAAUACUAUGAAUACCAAUAAUAUUAAUAAUAAUAAUAAUAUAGGAUAAAGAAAGACAUUCUUUGUUGAAGCGUUUGUAUCAAUUUCUAGUUAACUUGAAUCAUACAUCAUGAUUUAUCCCUGAUUACUGUUUUAAUAUAUAUUUAGCAUUUCAUUGAAUGGUAUUCUAAUGCAGUAGUUGUAGUCCGCCCAAUGUAUGCAUGCAUUGUUUAAUUAGACUAAGAGAUGGCGUGCUGGGUGAUGAAUGAGAGAGAAUUAAUUAGAUGAAUGAAACAGUAUAGACACGUAGUAAUUAGGGAGGGGUGUGGGCAGUGAAAGGGGCUCAUGAGGAAAGAUUGGGAAAAUCUGGUAAAUUGGGGAUGAUGAGUUGAUUUGGAGCCGGGGACAGGGGGUAAACAAUAUUUAAGUUGGAUUUUAAAUAUUUUGGAAGGAGAAACUAGUUGCUAAUCGCUCAGAAAUGGGGUAUAUGAGAGAGUGUGCAGAAUGAAAACUCUUAAAAUGCAUACCUGCAUAGGUGACAAACACUAAAAUAGGAACCAUGCAUUGAAAGGGUUAAUGCAAGCAGUGCACUGAAAGGGUUAAUGCAAGCAGUGCACUGAAAGGGUUAAUGUGAACCAUUCAUGGAAAGGGUUAAUGUGAACCAUUUGUUUUCUGUACUGGUAAACAUUGAGAAUUGUCAGGGGAUUGCAAAUGAUAAGCUAAAAUAUGUCAAAAUAUUUCCUAUGCCCGUUUUGGUGGUAAAACCUUUUUCAUUGAAUAACGUCAAGAGUUUAUACACCUUAUACAGUGUGAGUCCAGUCCCUUAUUAAUUAAUGACUUAAAGGCAUACUAUAGGCACCAAAACAACUUUAGCUUAUUGAAGCAGUUUUGGUUUAUAGACCAUGACCCUGUCGUCUCCCUGCUCAAUUAUCUACCAUUUAGGAGUAAAUCACUUUGUUUAUGCAGCCCCACCCAAUCCCUUCUGGCUGUGACUCACACAGCCUGCAUGAAAAAAAGUUUAUAUUUUUAAUCAGAUGCUACAGAGUUUUUAUCUCUUGCUCUGUAAAUUGAACUUUAUUCACACACAUACAGGGUCUAGAGGGCAAAUAACAAAGCAGGAAAUAAGAAAUUCUAAAUUAAACAGACUGUGCAAUAAAGGAAGUUUAAAAAUGAGAUCUCGCUUUACAGGAAAUGUUUAGGAAGGCUGUGUAAGAUGUGACUAAGGCUGUAUAAACAAAGUGAUUUAACUCCUAAAUGUCAGAUAAUUAAGCAGUCAGACUGCAGAGGCCUGAGAUAUACACCAAAACUGCUUACGAUAAAGUUGUUCUGGUGCCAUAGUGUCCCUUUAAUGACUACAAGCUGGACAUAUCCCAUUAUAUCAUGAUUUUUCUGACAUGUGAAACCCCUAAAGUGAAUUGGGUAAUAUGUUGUAUGCUCAGCAUUUUAAGUAUAUGUAAGGCUGGGAUAUAGAAUGUAUGUGUAAGGCUGGGAUAUAGAAUGUAUAUGUAAGGAUGGGAUAUAGAAUGUAUGUGUAAGACUGGGAUAUAGAAAGUAUAUGUAAGGCUGGGAUAUAGAAUGUAUAUGUAAGACUGGGAUAUAGAAUGUAUAUGUAAGGCCGGUAUAUAAUGUAUAUGUAAGGCUGGGAUAUAGAAUGUAUGUGUAAGGCUGGGAUGUAGAAUGUAUAUGUAAGGCUGGGAUAUAGAAUGUAUGUGUAAGGCUGGGAUGUAGAAUGUAUAUGUAAGGCUGGGAUAUAGAAUGUAUGUGUAAGGCUGGGAUAUAGAAUGUAUAUGUAAGGCUGGAAUAUAGAAUGUAUGUGUAAGACUGGGAUAUAGAAUGUAUAUGUAAGGCUGGGAUAUAGAAUGUAUAUGUAAGGCUGGGAUAUAGAAUGUAUGUGUAAGGCUGGGAUAUAGAAUGUAUAUGUAAGGCUGGGAUAUAGAAUGUAUGUGUAAGACUGGGAUAUAGAAUGUAUGUGUAAGAUUGGGAUAUAGAAUGUAUAUGUAAGGCUGGGAUAUAGAAUGUAUGUGUAAGGCUGGGAUAUAGAAUGUAUAUGUAAGGCUGGGAUAUAGAAAGUAUAUGUAAGCCUGGAAUAUAGAAUGUAUGUGUAAGGCUGGGAUAUAGAAUGUAAAUGUAAGGCUGGGAUAUAGAAUGUAUGUGUAAGACUGGGAUAUAGAAUGUAUGUGUAAGGCUGGGAUAUAGAAUGUAUAUGUAAGGCCGGUAUAUAAUGUAUAUGUAAGGCUGGGAUAUAGAAUGUAUGUGUAAGGCUGGGAUGUAGAAUGUAUAUGUAAGGCUGGGAUAUAGAAUGUAUGUGUAAGGCUGGGAUGUAGAAUGUAUAUGUAAGGCUGGGAUAUAGAAUGUAUGUGUAAGGCUGGGAUAUAGAAUGUAUAUGUAAGGCUGGGAUAUAGAAAGUAUAUGUAAGCCUGGAAUAUAGAAUGUAUGUGUAAGGCUAGGAUAUAGAAUGUACAUGUAAGGCUGGGAUUUAGAAUGUAUGUGUAAGACUGGGAUAUAGAAUGUAUGUGUAAGACUGCGAUAUAGAAUGUAUAUGUAAGGCUGGGAUAUAGAAUGUAUGUGUAAGACUGGGAUAUAGAAUGUAUAUGUAAGGCUGGGAUAUAGAAUGUAUGUGUAAGGCUGGGAUAUAGAAGAAUGUAUGUGUAAGAUUAUAGGGAUAUAGAAUGUAUAUGUAAGGCUGGGAUAUAGAAUGUAUGUGUAAGACUGGGAUAUAGAAUGUAUGUGUAAGAUUGGGAUAUAGAAUGUAUAUGUAAGGCUGGGAUAUAGAAUGUAUGUGUAAGGCUGGGAUAUAGAAUGUAUGUGUAAGGCUGGGAUAUAGAAUGUAUGUGUAAGGCUGGGAUAUAGAAUGUAUGUGUAAGGCUGGGAUAUAGGAUAUAGAAUGUAUGUGUAAGGCUGGGAUAUAGAAUGUAUAUGUAAGGCUGGGAUAUAGAAUGUAUGUGUAAGGCUGGGAUAUAGAAUGUAUAUGUAAGGCUGGGAUAUAGAAUGUAUGUGUAAGGCUGGGAUAUAGAAUGUAUAUGUAAGGCUGGGUGAGAGGUUUAUAUAGUAAUAUUUUUUUGUACAAAGACAAAUAAUCAUAUGUAACUAAGGGGUUUAAAAUAUCAGAGCUCUGUACUGGAGCUUGUAAUGGAGCAUUUUGUAGAAUUUUUAGUGAUUAGGAAGAUGUCCUAGAGCGUAUAUAUUGAUAAUAGAAGGGGACAUGGCAAAGCAAACCCCAUAGUUCUAUCAUUGUGCCAAGUGCUGAGCCACUUGUGCUGUUUAAUUGAAAGUGUUAAGAGAGUAACAACAGCAGAAGUUUUAUGUUUACAUUAUAUGCUUGAUGCGUAGUACGCGUUUUAUUAAUAGAUAUAAUUAAAAGCAGCAGCAGUAAUAUUAGCUUGAUGUCGUUAAUCCCAUGUUCAGUUAUAAUAUGAUUAAAGGCUGACAAUCAGCGAUUCUGCGUCCAGAUUCAGGAUAAGUAAUUGGCUGGGCUUUCUUGCAGUAGGUAACAUGUUGUGCGCCCAGACGGGCGUCCUAGUGAAAUGAAUCUGCGUGUGGGGGGGGGUUGGGCACCAAGAUUCCAUGUUGAAACCAGCUGGGCACAGAGCCGGUGCUGACCCUAACAUCUGUGCCGACCUGGCAUAGCUCACGUUGUGUUGGGGAGCACCGGGAGGGGGGGGGGAGGGGGGAAGGGCCAUCUCCAAAAUUUCCUACCAGCAGGGAAGGAAUAAAUUGGAGCAAAGUAAAUGAAAAGGAAACUUCAAAAUGAUUAAUUACUCUAAUUUGCAUGUGAAUCUGGAGCACAUUGUAUCUCAGCAGAUUGUGGCCAUAUAUGCUUCUGCCAGAAAGCAUAACACUUCAUAGAAAGCCAUCUCUUUUAAUUUACUGACGGGUCCCUGUGCGCUUCCGCUACCAGCCAGCGAAGAUUUAAUGCGGUUUUAUUUCCAAGAUUCAAAAUAUUCCUUAUUGUUUUCAUUAGUAGCAUUUUUUUUCCCCUGAGUUCCAUAUAACAUUAUUAGAAAAUGGAUCGCUAGGACUCAGAGGCAGAUUUUUCAAAUGAUCCAUAGAGUGAUCAGGAUCAAGGAAGGGGUACUAAGCCACUGACUGCCACAGCGAAAAAGUGUCUUGGUACCACCUACAUUAUGACAUCAUAUGACAUCAGCGCUGUUACGCUAGUAACGAUGUGAUCGAAAUCUCCAGAAUUGACUGUCAGGAUUUAACUAGGAGCCAGUUAACAAAUUAAAUAUAACCUGAAUACUAAAGCGUAUUACCGGACCGUAGAAUGGCUGGAUUUAAUGCUAAUAAUAUAGAAUAGUACGGAACAGGUCAGAACAGGGAGAGAGAGUACAUAAACGGUAAGAGAAACCAAAUAUUAAGAAGGAGGAAUAGUCAAGGUACAAGCCGGAGUCAAAAUAAUACAGAAUCAAUAGAGAUAACGUGCUCUUGGAUACCUGCAUGCGGAAACACGACAGGGCACUGAGAAAAGUACCGAAUGAGCUUAAAUAACCAUAAGAGGGCAGGGACAGGUUAUUGGCUAUCAUGUGACGUCGGAACGUGUUUGUGCAACAUCUGCGUGAUGAUGGGCAUUAGCGUCAAUAAUCGGGGCAGAGACUUUGGAGCCAUAGGAGGGUUCCGUUUGGCAGCAGCUGGGCUCUGUCCGUACACUGGAGGACAGUACGGCCAGAGGGAAUGGGAGUAAAUGCGGCACCUCUGGCAUAUGUACGAGCCACGCCGGAAUGAGCCGCACCAGAGUGCCCUCGGUGGGCGCCAUGACAUCAACAUAACCAAUAUAGAAACCAUUUAUUUUGGUUAUUUAGAGGGAAUUAUUAUUGGGUAUAACGCACCAACAUAUUGUGCAGCGCUGUACAAAGGGUUACACAAAACACAAAGAUAAAGUGCAGACAUCAUCUGACAUCAGGUGGACUCCAGAGAACCCUCAAUGGAUAAAAUCCAUUUCUGUCACGUAAGCAGUUCAUCUACAUAACAAAACUCACUUUUGCUGCACUUCUCAGGCGUCUUAUUUUUAUUUAUUAUUGGGUAAGAAAUCAUGGAAGUGUAAUAUUUUCUCUUAUCACACAAUCCUUAAUGUUUAUUUCAUAUUGAUUACAGUGUGUUUAGUUAUAUUCUGCUCUGUGUGAUCAAUAUGUGAGGUUACUUUGUCUGCUUGGAUUCCGUCGGUUUAAGUACUGCAGGGCAGCACGGUAUUCCUAAUUAAAAAUUAAUCCAAGAGUUCAGAUAGCUGACAGUGUGACAUAAAUACUACACUUGAGAUUUGCCCUGGGGACAUAACCAGAAAGAUGCAAAUCUGUAAUGAGAAGAGACAGGGAACCUACCCAGCUCCCAUUACAAAACUAAAUGACAGGACCAUGUCACCAGCAAGGAGGGCACAGGUCUGGUGUAAUGUUUCUAUUUGCAAUUAGAGAAGUAUUAACCCAGCAAGUGCCAGGGAGAAAUAUACACAUUCCGACUCACACUCAAACAUACACACAGGACGUAUUGUAGAAAAAAAAGAUACAAUUUCCAAUCUAUUUUUUGCUCUAAUUUUUACACCUGCUCAUUCACUAAAACAGCCUUUUUCAGAACUCUCAAUUGUCCCUAUUUAGGAGGGACAGUCCAUAUUUUGGACUCAACCCCAUCAGUCCCUCUUUUCUAGGAGCUCCAUAUUGUUGGUGUGUAUCACAGUAAUAAUACUCCCAGUAAUGUGACUGAGUGUAUAACAGAGCUCCACAGCAAUAAUACUCCCAGUAAUGUGUCUGAGUGUAUAACAGAGCUCCACAGCAAUAAUACUCCCAGUAAUGUGUCUGAGUGUAUAACAGAGCUCCACAGCAAUAAUACUCCCAGUAAUGUGUCUGAGUGUAUAACAGAGCUCCACAGCAAUAAUACUCCCAGUAAUGUGUCUGAGUGUAUAACAGAGCUCCACAGCAAUAAUACUCCCAGUAAUGUGUCUGAGUGUAUAACAGAGCUCCACAGCAAUAAUACUCCCAGUAAUGUGUCUGAGUGUAUAACAGAGCUCCACAGCAAUAAUACUCCCAGUAAUGUGUCUGAGUGUAUAACAGAGCUCCACAGCAAUAAUACUCCCAGUAAUGUGUCUGAGUGUAUAACAGAGCUCCACAGCAAUAAUACUCCCAGUAAUGUGUCUGAGUGUAUAACAGAGCUCCACAGCAAUAAUACUCCCAGUAAUGUGUCUGAGUGUAUAACAGAGCUCCACAGCAAUAAUACUCCCAGUAAUGUGUCUGAGUGUAUAACAGAGCUCAACAGAAAUAUACUCCCAGUAAUGUGUCUGAGUGUAUAACAGAGCUCCACAGCAAUAAUACCCCAGUAAUGUGUCUGACUGUAUAACAGAGCUCCACAGCAAUAAUACUCCCAGUAAUGUGUCUGAGUGUAUAACAGAGCUCCACAGCAAUAAUACUCCCAGUAAUGUGUCUGAGUGUAUAACAGAGCUCCACAGCAAUAAUACUCCCAAUAAUGUGUCUGAGUGUAUAACAGAGCUCCACAGCAAUAAUACUCCCAGUAAUGUGUCUGAGUGUAUAACAGAGCUCCACAGCAAUAAUACUCCCAGUAAUGUGUCUGACUGUAUAACAGAGCUCCACAGCAAUAAUACUCCCAGUAAUGUGUCUGAGUGUAUAACAGAACCCCACAGCAAUAAUACUCCCAGUAAUGUGUCUGAGUGUAUAACAGAGCUCCACAGCAAUAAUACUCCCAGUAAUGUGUCUGAGUGUAUAACAGAGCUCCACAGCAAUAACACUCCCAGUAAUGUGUCUGAGUGUAUAACAGAGCCCCGUAGCAAUAAUACUCCCAGUAAUGUGUCUGAGUGUAUAACAGAGCUCCACAGCAAUAAUACUCCCAGUAAUAUGUAUUUAAACUACAAUAAAUGUGUUUAGAAAUCAGUCUGUGGAAGUAAAAUACAUUGUUCUCCCCUCUCUCUUUAAUCCUUCUCCCCUCUGUAGUCUCCAGUCUUUUAUUUCUCUGUGUUUUCCCUCCUCAGUCUCUGUCAACAAACUCUCCAACAUUGCGUUUUCACAUGUCUGUAUUUGCAACCAUUCCUUUCCCCCAAUUCCUUAAAGGAAUGCUGUAGGGCCUUGUAUGUACGUAGUGGGCAUUGGAUAGCAUUCCCUUCAUCCCCCAUAAAACCAUAACUUACCCCUUCAAAUAACGACAGACAACUUCUUGGAGAAAACAGGCCACAGCAUUUAUUAACACAACCAAAUACUGUAUGACUCCUUUAACAUAUAACGAAAUAAUAAAUAUCAUAAAUUAACAUAAACAAUUUGCAUAUAGUCAUACAGUAACCAAAUAAACCGUCCUUGCCAAUCUAACUUCCCCAAGGCUCUCACCUCCCACCCUCGGCAUAAUAAAAACAUCUUCCUUUUCAGGGCUCCCCACCAACUCGGUGGGGCCCAACCAUAAUGCUCCCCACUGGUCGACUUACAACCCAGUGGGGACACGUCCAACCUGGUACCUCCUUCAGGUUCACCAUAAGAGACAGGGGGAGGAUGAGACCCGGCCAUUAUCCCCCUUUUUCAUCAAAUCAACCAAACCAUCCCUUAUUUGGCAAGGACACACCCCCACCUCGCUGUGACAACCCCCCGGGCCCAAAGCAGCAAAGGGAGGGUGGGUGGGAAACUUGUUGCUGGCCCGGCUCCUAAGUGGCACUGAGGUCAGUCUGAUCUGUCACCACCCACUUCCUCACAUCUCACACUCCCACAUGUAGCAUAUAGCCAAUCAUGCAUCAUCCAUCCAACACUCAUACAUGUGCCCCUGUCCGCUAAGCUGCGCACUCUCCCUGGGGCCUGGAACACAAACAAACAUAUAUUUCUGACCCUAUAGUGUUAAAACCACCAUAUAGCCACUCUGGUCCCCUCAUGCCACCAUAAAUAUAGUAAAUCUUACUUGUUUUCAAGUCUGGAGCUGCUUGCAUUGUCACUAUUGCCUUUAGACCUGCUCACUGCCUGCUGACAUCAGCAGAAGUGGUAGCAUGAUCCAAUCACAGUGCUUCCCCAUAGGACUGGCUGAGGCUGACAAGGAGGCAGAUCAGGGGCAGAGCCAGCACGAUUCAAACACAGCCCUGGCCAAUCAGCAUCUCCUCAUAGAGAUACAUUGAAUCAAUGAAUCUCUAUGAGGAAAGUUCAGUGUCUGCAUGCAGAGGGAGGAGAUACUGAAUGUUUGGAUGCAUUUUAGGCAGCCAUCACCCACGAAGGAUCUCUAACAGCUAUCUGAGGAGUGGCCAGUGAAAUUAUCACUAGGCUGUAAUGUAAACACUGCAUUUUCUCUGAAAAGACAGUGUUUACAGCAAAAAGCCUGAAGGGAAUGAUUCUACUCACCAGAACAAAUUCAAUAAGCUGUAGUUGUUCUGGUGACUAUAGUGUCCCUUUUAACAUUCACCCAUAAUACUCUUACAGAAGCACAAGAUACACAGUAAACGUAACAAAAUCCACUUACAAUAUGUUCAUGGUGACAUGAGGUUAUAGAACUGAUAUAGUGACAUGUCCAAUUCAAAGAGACACUCUGAGCAUCGGAACUAUUAUUACUCAUUGUAUUAUUACAGCUCAUUAGAGUUUCAUUUUCACUAUUAGUUCUUCUCUUAGAAGUGCCACAAGGCAUGAAAUUAUUUAGGUGCCUUUUUUGUGUGCCCCCCUUAUACCCGAUCGCUAUGACUAUUAUAGAAAAAAAUAUAUUUUUAGCAAUAUCAAAAGUCCGAUUGGUGUUCAUUUCCCAAGUGAGAGAUCUGGUGUUGUGUUUUAUAUAAGAUACCCAGCACCUUACGUCUACCUCUUACCAGAGACGUCAUUCCAUAUUAUGUGUCCAAACAUCUGUACGGUGUGAUGACUCUGUGUGUGCUUCAGGAUCAGGCCAAUCUGGAUCACUGCUAUCAGUUUUGGCGUAACCAAACUAUCGGUAACCAUUUUGGCUCACGCAGAGUUAAUAAGUCAUGGUAAAAAUGUAUCACGUAAUAUACCACUAUAUAUUGCUAAAGCAUGAUUUUGAAAUGGUGAUAAAAGAUAUGAUAAUUUUUCACAUUAUAUCCGGAGGAGAGUUUUUCUGUAUUCCCAGCCAUUCUGAGAAAAUAACUGCAUGUAAGCGGCGGUUAUCGUUUUUAAUGUAAUAGCGCCAGGUGGACGGAUAUAUUAGUUUAAUUGUUGGAUAUGUAAAUCCAGUGUCUGAAAUAUUCCAUUGCACAAAAUGCUAAAUCUUUCCCUAUUCAGUUUCAGCUGCCGUGUUCUGUACAAGCAAUCUGGCCUUUUGUGUGAUACGCAGUACGAAAGGUUCAACGUUAAAAGAAUAAUCCAAAUAUUAACUGGUUCUAUACCAACCCUGAUCUUACCCAGAUUUACAGAAUCUUUGGUCUUCCAAGUUCCACUUACCUGUAUUUUGGGUAAAACCACAAAUGUAUGUUAUUAAGAAACAUUCCAUUAUUUAUUAUUUAUAUAGCGCCAGCAAAUUCCAUAGUGCUAUACAAUGUGUAUCCAUAAAUAGAAAACUCUUCUGAUUCCUGCGAAAAUUCCAUCUGGUUUAUUAUGGGUUUAGCGAUGGCGUACACUCAUACUGGACGUUUUAUUAGUGUUUUUGUGUGUGUAUAUAUAUACACAUUGCAUAUAUUGAUUUCAAUAUUAUUUUAUCCAUGAAAUACAAUAAAAUAUUUUUUAUAAUUAACAACUAAUUAUGACAUAAAUACAGUCUUAAAAAAAGAGGUAUUUAAUAUAAUUCUGUUUGCUCGACGGUAACCUGGUAUAUACGAUAGUACUCAUCCGACAAUAGAAAUGGGGGGUGGGGGGGGAGAGAUUGGUCCAGAAGAGUAUGAACAAUAAAUAAGUAAACUUAACACAAGAGAAUAAAAACCAAUGGUUGGAAAAAGGUGUAGUGUAGCAAAAAAUAUACAAUAAUAAAAAUGUCUAGUAUAGAGUCCAAUAAAACCUUGUCUGAAGAAACAACCACAAUCCUGUCAGAGGAAUAUCUACUACGAUGGCAUCAGAUUAGAGUAUUUAUGGAAUCCGUAAGAAAAGACAGAGGAGAGAUAAUAGUGCAAUAUGUCCCAGAAAAGGUAAUAACAGUCAAUAUAAGGUCUAUUUUGGUCCUACUCACGUUUUUUAGAGCAUUAAACCAGCUCUCGUAUGAAUAGCAUACAGUGGUAUAAUCUCCACUUAUAGGAUACGUCACGUGAAGAAACGUUGCUAGGCAGAUGCCACAUUAAUAUGAAGACCAUAUGUAAUUAAAAAGAAACAAUAGUGCUCUCUAUAUACAAAUACCAGGAGCAUGAAAUAACAUAACAAUUGGUUACUCACAUUUAAUUGAGAAGGCGGACUGCUCAAUGAAUAAGGCGUAAAUGAUGUAAUCCCACCUAGGAUACUUUGGAGUAGUCCUCACCGGAACAGUAAAAAUCAGAUGUCAGGCAGUAAAAGUGGUUAAAAAAAUUAAACAAAAUGGUAGCAAGAUAAAAAAUGAAAAUGGCAAACUCACAAUUGAAAGUGGCAAAAGUACCUUUAUUAAUAAACAAUCUUUAAAAUAUCCACAACGCGUUUCACCAACAAGGCUUUAUCAAGUGGACACCCACCAGAUAAUAAGCAAAUGAAAGUGAUUAAAAAGUGCUGAUUAGAAUCUAUACUAUAUGAAUAAAUGGUGAAAAUUGCCCCUACAUUAGAGUGUGCUUGGGAACAAUUAAUUAAUUAAACAUAAAGCUUUAGCCAUUCUUGGUGGUAUUUUUGAGCACUGUGAACUAAGCAUAGGUUUAUUUUUUAAUUUUUUUUAAAUGGAGCAGAAUUUUGGGUAAAUUCUCUUUGAAGCCUUGUCACCCCAACAAAUUUCAGUUGCAGACGACACCCCGUUUAAUCCCAUAGAUACAUAAAACUGGACAUUUCUGGGUUGUGCAAAUAGUAGUUGGUUUUUCCCAUAGAGCACAUCUUAAAUGUGUUCAUCUGCUGUCAAUAGAAAUCAUUUUCAGAUUGCACAGAAACGUUAACAUUUAAUUUCUUUAAUCCCACCCAAAAGGUCAUGUUGUUUGAGAUACCUCAGUAACGCCAUGAUAACCUUGUACAAUGCAGAAUGCUCUCUGCGAGUAUUUCCAUAAAACCAUCUGUUUAAAUACCAAACUGUUAACCUUUUUAUUAAUAUAUAUGGCUGCUUGUAGCCAUUUAGUUCCUACUCUGGGCACUGUAAGCUCCAUCAACACUAAGGAUUGUUGUAGUGGCCAUGUAAUUAUUGCAUUACUACCAUAUCCCAUAUAUGGCUAAAACAUAUACAUUGGUACGUUUAUAAGUGUUGCUAAUUUGGGGUAUUUUUGUCUCUUUUUUUCAGAUGAAAUAAUUAGGAGAAUGACUGCCCUAUUUGAUUGCCUUCCAUCUGUCUGCCUGGUAUUUGUGAUUAUUACUAAUCAUCUGAUCUGCCCGAGCUCGCUGGAGCCAAAAGUCAAACCUAAAAGGAUGUCAGAGACCAGCAGGUAUGAGCAGGACAUGUGGGGUCACCAGCCUCAAGAGAGGACAAACAGGAGGUCAGGAAUGUCUAAGAGAGAUCGAACUCGAGGUGGAAUGCCACCCACAGCCUUCGUACCAGUGGAUGGUGUUAUUGGGCUACCACCCCAGAGCGAAGUAGCAGAUGUAAUACAGCCAAGCGCACUGAAACAGGACAGGGAACAAUUUCAGGCUUUCGAUUUUCCCUAUAAUCAAAGGGACAACCAGUCACCAGGAGUCCAUUCAAAGGGGAAGAAACAUAACCGAGAACACAGAAGGUCCAACAACAAGGAUCGGGUUAAGCACCAUCGAGGUAUUCACUUUAUUUUUGACGAUUUUAUAUUUUUCACUUUGAAUUCAACCCUUGUCCACAACAAAAUCUUGAAAAUGCUCGAAAACCAUACAAACUACUUCGCUACAAAACCUAACCACUUACUUACAAACAAAUAUCAAAUAUGAAAUGAUUGAUCUAUCCAUUAUCUAAUAGUAUUCUAGACUUGACGAUUUCUAAUCUCCAAGUCUAAACGUAUACGAAUUAUGGACCAUCUGGAACACGAACAUUUCUGGGCUGGCUCGUGAUUCUUCGUGGUCCUCCCAAAAAAGAGAUGAUUGAUGACUAGAGGGACAGUCACUAAAUGUUGAUUUUAUUCACAGAUCAAAAAAGAAGUGAGCAAUAGAGGAAGUAAAAAAGAACAGUAUAAAAAUAUAUAUUUAUAUACAAUAUUAUAGCUCUAAUAAAUAUAUAAUUUAUAAAUACUGAUUUGUUUUACUGCUUCCCCUUGGUUUCCCCUCUAUUUGUUACUUUUUCUCUCUUGAUCUGUGAACCAAAACGGUGAGAAAACGCAGCUACUAGUGUACUGCAGAGUACAUACAUAAUAUUAUAUUGUGCAGUGAAAUGAUUGCCCCAUUUUUACACCUUUUUCGGUUUCCGAAUUGAAAUCUCGGUUCUGAAAUUCUCCUGAGCCAAACCACGUAUAAAACGUGUAUUCCUAAUGCUAUAGCGCUCUAGUCAUCCGUGUCGCUCCGCCCCUUUAGCUGAGAUCUUGAGACCAUGAGUGGCAGGUGGGGACCCUAAAUGAAAAUGGGGGGGGGACCUAUUGUCAUCCCCACCCGGGAGUGUUCUUUAGAAUUUUCCCACGCUGUGUAGAAUUACUCAGAGCACUCUGAUUGGUUGGAUUCCAAGCCCACCAAUCAGAGUGAUGUGACAGGUAAAGGUAGAGACUUACCUGUCAGUCUCUUCAUUUACCUGUCAGAGCCCUCUCAUUGGUUGGUUUAAACCAGGCUUCCCCAAACUCCUGCCGUCCAGAUGUUGCUUAACUACAACUCCCAUUAUUCUAUGAAUGAAAUAGAUAGGCUGAGAAUCAUGGGAGUUGUAGUUAAGCAACAUCUGAAGGGCCGGAGUUUGGGGAAGCUCUGAGCCAAAUUGCAGGGCGUGGAAAGGCUUUCUAAGUCUUUCCCUGCCCUGCAGAGCUUAGUAUGCGCCGUGCCAUCGCUGGGUGAAGAAGGAAUAUUCUUUUAGCAUCAGGACUUUUUUUUUCCGGCUGAUUUGGGGUUUUUCUAGUCACCUGGGGGGGUUGACAUUUAGUCCUCACCAGUCACCCAUGGGUGGGGAGCGGGGGUAAAAGAGGUGUGUGUCGUUCCCCCUCAUUUUCAUUUAGGGUCCCCACCAGUUGCCCAUGGGUGGGGGUCAGGGGGGAGGACCAUAGGUCCCACCCUACCCAUUUUCAAUUAGGGCCCCCAUCCGCCGCUCAUGGGUGGGGGCCGGGGGGGAGGACAAUAGGUCCCCCCCAUUUUCAAUUAUGGACCCCACUUGCCGCUCAUGGGUGGAGAUAAGGGGGACCUGUUUAUUUUCAUAUCCCCCACUCACAGGUCAUGGGUGGGGUCUGGGGGACACACUAUGUUCCCCCUGCUUGUUAAUAGAUUCCCCACCAUGGGGCUACUUGUUGAAAGGGGGGUUGAGCUGCUCACGGUUUAGUAGACAUGCCCCUACUUGUGACAUAGCGAGUAGGGGCAUUUGGGAUUUUGACCCCCAUAGAGUGAGGGAAGACAUGGGGGGUUGCUUAGGAAGUGGCGGGGAGCACUGCUCCCUGCCGCUUCUAUUUUUACAUAUUACAAGGAGGGAGCUGUGCGCUGGUAGCUCCCUCCUUGUAAUAAACCGAACAAACGAACACCGAUAUCCGGUGUUUGUUUGUUCGUCUGAAAGUUCUAUUAGUGAAAUGAAUGAAUCGACAAAAUUCCCGUAGCGAAUGUCCAAGUGUUAUCACAGCGCUAUCUAGUGUGGGCAGAUGACGUGUCCCGCAAGGACUUCAUCUACCCACAAAAAGAUAGCAGUGCCCAGGACCUAGAUCGGGGCAGAAAAUGAAGAUUAAAAAAUAGGUAAUGUGGGGGGCUUAGGGGCAUUUAUGGUGACUAGGGGAACAAUUAGAUGUAGUGGAGUCGGAAGGUGGGUUAAAAAAAAACACGUGAUUCGGCCAUUUGGCGUGCUGCUUUAACACUGUAAAGAUAACUUUGCCUUUCCUGUUCAAUGGCAAUGUUUUCAGCUGUAGGGUUAAGAGAGGGGGCACAUGUCACCCAGGCCGCUUCAUGGUGAUUGACAGCAGGGGCGAAGGAAGGAGCCAGGAUAUAAAAUGAAACAGUGGUAUCUUUAAAAAGGAGGAGAAAGUGUUAAAAUAAUAAUUGCAAUCUAAAUUUUAGUCAAUCCAUUAUAUAUUUAUGCUGGGUUGUCGUGGCUAUAACAUUAGAUUUAUAUUGUAGUAUCAUUACCCAUAUUGCAUUUGCCCUCAGACAUCAUAGUAUCUGCCAGUGGUCACCCCAGGGGUGCAACCUAAAACAAUAAUGGAAGGUUUAUUCGCUAAGCUCCAAAUUGUAGUGAAUUGAAAUCCGAACCUACUACUGAAUACAAAUAAACAAAGUGGCAAAACUGUACAUUUUGUUGAUUUUGAAAAAAAAAAAUUCUAGAUCACAUUUUAAUCUUAAUUUUGCCAUUCAGAUUUUAAUUUACUACAAUUCGGAGCUUAGUGAAUAAACCUCGGGGGCCUGUUUCUCCCGUAUUCCAGCUUUUAUUUAGUCCAUUUAAACCCACCGUCACUGUCACUCCUGCAAUAAUGCCCGUAGAAUUGUCUGUUACCAGGUAUUCGGCCCGUGGAUUCCCUGCUCUCGAUUCCCAGCUAUUGUUCUCGAUGGUAAAUAUGUGAUAUUUCUGCACUUAUUCUCUAAUUACCAGCAGGAAAUAAAAUCCGUAGCCAGAAUCACUAGUUUACUCCUCCUCAGGGGGUGAUUACCGCCCGCCCAGCUUUAAUAUUGUACUAAAAAUAAAAUGUCACCAGGCCCCUAUUACAUUAACACAUAUCUGUCUUCCAGAAUCUUCUAACAAAGAUACGAAGUACAAACAAUAUGGUUUAUUCACUAAACAGCGAAUUGGAUUGGAUUGAAAACCAGAUAGCAAAUUGGCCAUUUUAACCUGAUUUUUGAAAUAUGGUUUUCAAACCGCAAAUUUACUCCAAAUUUUAAGAUUUUCCUAAAAUUCUGCAAAACAUAGACAAACUUAUAUCUCGGUCAUUUAUCCCAACGGCCACAACCCAAGCGCACAAUAUUACAAAUUUGGUCUUUUGGGUGAUAUAUAGAGGAGUGUAAAUAAUAACCAUUUUUGUUCCAUUAACCCUGUAAUACCUUUAGGAGCACAAAUAGUUAAGUCACAGUUAACGUAGAGGACAAUUUUCAGUGCUGCAGAGGGUUUAAUCCUACAGAUGAAAAAAAAUAAAAUUUCAAACAGAUUUGCAAAAAUUAAUUAUUAUCAAAGAUGGAUUUUUGGCCCAUUGGGGUGAGAUUAGUUAAUUUAGUAACAUGCUUGUCUCUGGCUAAUGUCUUCUGGUUUACAGCAGUGGUUACAAAAUAGCCUUAAAUGAAAAUGAUGCUUUGUUACUUAAAAUACAUUAGAGAUACUAUCGACAUAUGUAAAAAGGGAUAGUCUUAGCACCAUAACCACUACAGCACUAUAUAGUGGCUAUGGUGCUAAUAGUUACACAAUUGGUAAUCACAUUUUUUACAGUUGGUUCGAAACUUACAGUUUGCACAUUACAGUUCCUCUUCAUAUAUCAUUAAAGCAGAAGUCCCUAAUUCCAGGUUAGUGGUAUCAAUUUUGCCUGUCUUUGGAUUGAAUUUAUUGACUGAGAGCGUCAUCUGAUAAUUCAUAUCUCCCAACUGUCCCUAUUCAGGAGGGACAGUCCCUAUUUUGGGCCCAAUGCCCUCUGUCUUUCUUUUCUAUCCUAAUGUCCCUCUUUUCUAGGAGCUCCACAUUGUUGGUGUGUCUGAGUGUAUAACAGGCUCUACAGCAAUCAUACUCCAAGUAAUGUGUCUGAGUGUAUAACAGAGCUCUACAGUAAUAAUACUCCCAGUAAUGUGUCUGAGUGUAUAACAGAGCUCCACGGUAAUAAUACUCCCAGUAAUGUGUCUGAGUGUAUAGCAGAGCUCCACAGUAAUAAUACUCCCAGUAAUGUGUCUGAGUGUAUAGCAGAGCUCCACAGCAAUAAUACUCCCAGUAAUGUGUCUGAGUGUAUAACAGAGCUCCACAGCAAUAAUACUCCCAGUAAUGUGUCUGAGUGUAUAACAGAGCUCCACAGCAAUAAUACUCCCAGUAAUGUGCCUGAGUGUCUAACAGAGCUCCACAGCAGUAAUACUCCCAGUAAUGUGUCUGAGUGUAUAACAGAGCUCCACAGCAAUAAUACUCCCAGUAAUGUGUCUGAGUGUAUAACAGAGCUCCACAGCAAUAAUACUCCCAGUAAUGUGUCUGAGUGUAUAGCAGAGCUCCACAGCAAUAAUACUCCCAGUAAUGUGUCUGAGUGUAUAGCAGAGCUCCACAGCAAUAAUACUCCCAGUAAUGUGUCUGAGUGUAUAACAGAGCUCCACAGCAAUAAUACUCCCAGUAAUGUGUCUGAGUGUAUAACAGAACUCUACAGUAAUAAUACUCCCAGUAAUGUGCCUGAGUGUCUAACAGAGCUCCACAGCAGUAAUACUCCCAGUAAUGUGUCUGAGUGUAUAACAGAGCUCUACAGUAAUAAUACUCCCAGUAAUGUGUCUGAGUGUAUAACAGAGCUCCACAGCAGUAAUACUCCCAGUAAUGUGUCUGAGUGUAUAACAGAGCUCCACAGUAAUAAUACUCCCAGUAAUGUGUCUGAGUGUAUAACAGAGCUCCACAGCAAUAAUACUCCCAGUAAUGUGUCUGAGUGUAUAACAGAGCUCCACAGCAAUAAUACUCCCAGUAAUGUGUCUGAGUGUAUAACAGAGCUCCACAGCAAUAAUACUCCCAGUAAUGUGUCUGAGUGUAUAACAGAGCUCCACAGCAAUAAUACUCCCAGUAAUGUGCCUGAGUGUCUAACAGAGCUCCACAGCAAUAAUACUCCCAGUAAUGUGUCUGAGUGUAUAACAGAGCUCCACGGUAAUAAUACUCCCAGUAAUGUGUCUGAGUGUAUAACAGAGCUCCACAGCAAUAAUACUCCCAGUAAUGUGUCUGAGUGUAUAACAGAGCUCCACAGCAAUAAUACUCCCAGUAAUGUGUCUGAGUGUAUAACAGAGCUCCACAGCAAUAAUACUCCCAGUAAUGUGUCUAGAGUGUAUACAGAGCUCCACAGCAAUAAUACUCCCAGUAAUGUGUCUGAGUGUAUAACAGAGCUCCACAGCAAUAAUACUCCCAGUAAUGUGUCUGAGUGUAUCACAGAGCUCCACAGCAAUAAUACUCCCAGUAAUGUGUUUGAGUGUAUAACUGAGCUCCACAGUGAUAAUCACGGCCACCAUCAGGGGGUGACAACCAUAACGUGGAGUGGCGAAACUGCCGCAGGUGCGUCUGCACCGGGGCCCAUCAGUUGGCCCAAGCAUUUAGGGCCACCCGAUGGGCCCCAUAUCUUCAAGGGCCCGGUCAGCGCUGCGGCCGGGUAAUUGCGCGACCGAGCCCCUUUAAAAAAAAAUUGCGGCUACACCGCAAGUGCUGCUGGGAGGAAGUGACAGCCGGUCACUUCCUCCCAGCUUACUCCGCGCGGGGGGAGAGGGAGAGCGGAGGAGAGGAUAGGACAGGGACACCAGAGGCAUCCACUCCCAUCAUCCCCAGCCACCCUCCUGCAACGUAAAGGUAAGAGGAGGGUGGCUGAUAGAUGAGGUGUGUGUGUGUCUGCAAGUAUGUGUGUAUGUCUUUAUGUAUCUGUGUGUGUAUGUCAGUAUGUAUAUAUGUCUGUGUGAGUAUGUCAGUAUGUGUGUAUGUCAGUGUGUGUGUCUGUGUGUAUGUAUGUCUGUAUGUAUGUCUGUAUGUAUGUGUGUGUGUAUGUCAGUGUGUGUCUGUGUGUAUGUAUGUCAGUGUGUGUGUCUGUGUGUGUGUAUGUCUGUGUGUCAGUAUGUCUGUGUGUCAGUAUGUAUGUAUGUCUGUGUAUGUAUGCCAGUAUGCAUGUAUGUCUGUGUGUGUAUGUCAGUAUGUCUGUCUGUGUGUGUCAGUAUGCAUGUAUGUCAGUAUGUAUGUCUGUGUGUGUGUCAGUAUGUAUGCAUGUAUGUCUGUGUGUAUGUUUCUAUCUGUAUGUGUGUGUGUAUGUCAGUAUGUAUGUAUGUGUGUGUGUGUGUGUAUGUCAGUAUGUAUCUAUAUAUCUAUCAGUAUGUAUGUCUGUGUGUGAAUGUCAGUAUGUAUGCAUGUAUCUAUCUGUGUAUGUAUCUAUCUGUGUGUCUGUGUCUGUAUGUGUGUGUAUGUGUUUGUAUGUCUGUAUGUCAGUUUGUAUGUAUGUCUGUAUGUAUGUGUGUCAGUAUGUGAGUAUGUAUGUACGUACGUCAGUGUGUGUGUGUGUGUAUCUGUAUCUGUGUAUGUGUCUAUAUGUGUGUAUGUCUGUUUCAGUAUUUGUGUCUGUUAGUAUGGUAUGUGUGUAUCUUUCUGUGUGUAUGUUUGUGUGUAUGUCUGUGUGUAUGUCAGUAUGUAUGUCUGUGUGUAUAUGUCUGUGUGUAUGUCAGUAUGUAUAUAUGUCUGUGUGUAUGUCAGUAUGUGUGUAUGUAUGUCAGUAUGCAUGUAUGUCUGUGUGUGUAUGUCUGUUUGUCAGUAUGUCUGUCUGUGUAUGUGUCUGCGAGUAUGUAUGUAUGUAUGUCUGUUUGUGUGUAUGUCAGUAUGCAUGCAUGUAUGUCAGUAUGUAUGUCUAUGUAUGUCUGUGUAUGUGUGUAUGUAUGUGUGUAUGUGUCUAUCUGUAUGCAUGUGUGUAUGUCAGUAUGUAUAUAUGUAUGUGUGUAUGUCAGUGUGUAUGUAUGUAUAUAACUAUCAGUAUGUAUGUCAGUAUGCAUGUAUGUCUGUGUGUGUGUAUGUCAGUAUGUCUGUAUGUAUCUGUGUAUGUAUAUAUCUAUCUGUGUGUGUAUGUGUGUGUAUGUAUGUCUGUUUGAGUGUAUAACAGAGCUCCACAGCAAUAAUACUCCCAGUAAUGUGUCUGAGUUUACCUAUAUCUGAAGUGGGCACCAAACGCAGUUUGACUACUUUAGCGUUACUGUCACAUUGGAGAGGUUGUCUUGAGAGGCGCAGGUAUAUAAAACGUAGACGUGUUAUAUGUAAAAAAAAACAAAACAAAAAAAAACUUACAGUAAGAUUCUACGAUUAGAAGUGAUUCUACGAUUUGUAUACACCACUCGUAAUGAAUGCAAAGUCCAAUAUUAAACUCAAGAUUGCUUCUUUUCUGCAAACACUUGGGAAUCCAGCAUUUUACUGGAGAACUAUUAACCGAGAAUUGUUCAUUACAAGAGUCUCAGCUAAUCGAGGGACUUAGAACUAUGUGUGGGAGUAAAAUACGAGAUUAUACCAGAACAGGCCCCACCAGCUCUCAAGUCAUGUACUUAAUUCCUGCGGUGAUACUAGAUGUGAAUUUAUAAACAGUAGCAGCCAGUGGGGAGGUUUAAUUUAGAUAAAUGAAUUCAAUUUAAUAGGAAGCAACCAGUAUGUUGUAAUUGCUGAUAAAUAUGAAGUUUACACAAGAGGUUUGUGCAGUUAUCAGUGUAGAAUUGCAACAGAAGCAGAAAACACACAAUCCUGUUACUUCUAAUUGUGUUUAUAUGAGAUAUAGAUAGAUAGAUAGAUAGAUAUUUGCCAUCCCCUGGGUUUUAUCAGGGCAGUUCUCCUUUAAAUCGCUGGUUUGUAACCUAUACGUACCUGCUGCAGGUGUGAUGGGUGAGGGAACACCCCAUGUAGUGUGUUUGUACCUUUCCUGACCCCCAGGGUCUGUAUCCAUGGCCAGUAACCAGCACAUUUGUGUCAACAGUCCCUCAUUUUGGGGCACUGCAAAAAUAGGUCCCAGGAAACAGUCCCUUAUUUUGAAAUCUACUGGCAGAUUUCAAAAUGCAGGAGGGGACUGGGCAUGGUCUCCUUAAGGGGGCAGGCUUUCAGUCAGUUUGGUAGCCCUGUUUAGGGGUAAGCUUGCCAGCCUUAAUGGGGAGACCCGUCCCCUGUACAGCGCUCUGUGCAUCCUGCUCUCUGUCCUGGAAAGUGGCAUGGAGGACUAGCAGGUAUAUCAUGGAUAUGCUUCCCUGUCUUACCCUAUUUUUGUGUGGUAGGGCAGAUAGAGGAUGGAGAGGAAGCAAAGCCCAGGACAGGUAGAUGCACUAAUUGCGGAGAUGAGGACUAUAAAGCCAGGAAGGGAGGGGGGCAGUGGGUGGGUUUGUGCUGGCUCUGCAUGGGCACAUGCCAAAGUGACAUUCACAGAGAUAAAGGGGGCAUUCUAUCUCAGCCGCAUGACGUCAGUGAAUUGGGGCUCCCUGGCACAGAACUUGUGUAAAACAUCAACUCUGAUACAAACAGCAAUGGCCUGCAGAGACGUGGGCGUCUGAGGCUUCUAUUUGCAGUGAAUCUAAAGUGAAUUUCAAAUUCAAGGUAAAAAUAGCCAAACUGAAAAUAUUCUCUAAUUCAGAUAUGAUCCAAACAGGACGGUGGGACAGGGACCCCUAAAGAAAUUGAUCUGUAGCUCUUCUACAACACUGUCCUUCUAUCCUCCUCUUCCACUGCCACACAGACAGGAUUAUUCUCACAGAAUUGUACUGAAUUGGAAACUGAAUGGCAACAUAUAAAUAAAGUAUAGGAUAGUUUUGGAUAUUGGAAUAAUUUUGAGGGAAAGAAAAUGUAUCCAAAAAUAUGAAAUCAAGGCCUAGGUUUGAAGCCACAGCUUGUUGGCUGGGGAAGGACAAAGCCCUGCUUGCCUUAAGGUAUCCUGCUUUCUAAUCUGUGUCUUUGUAUGUUUGCAGGCAGAGGCUUUGAAGCUGAACCCAGCAGUCUCAUGAAAGAGGAUUUAAACUUUAAAGUGACCCCCCACCUGACUCGUCUGGAUAUCUCUCCAAGUGCCCCUGGCCCUGCAUAUCCCCUCAGCACAGGCAGCCAAUCGCCAGUUGCCGAGCAUCCCACAGCGGCGUUAGAUACCUCACAUCGCGUCCGGGUAAAGAUAUCAUUAUAUAGAAUCAUGUCAAAUUCUAUGUUUCUAUGUUUCUAUCAUUAUAUAGAAUCAUGUCACAGAGUCCCAGAGCAGUUGGGUAGAUGAUUAGAACCGUUUUGGUAUAUGGACAGAAGUUCAGGACAGGAAGUAGAAUAUCAGGAUUCCAGUGUAAAUUUUGGGUGGAUUCUCAGUCUGUUAGGGCCAGUGAGAAGAUUCACAGGGUUUAUUGUCAUUUUCUCAAUGUCUAGAUGUGACAGAUUCACAUGGUCGCAGGGUGAAUGGGCAGAUUCUCAGGGUGAAUGGGCAGAUUAUGGUGCAUUUUUGAUUGAUCAUAUUCUUGAGAUAUUUGAGUAUAAUCAAAGGAUCUCAGGACAGAUAGGUCUAUUCUCAGAAUGGCAAAGCUCUCGAUGGGUAGAUUUAGUAGGUGAAUCGGCAGAUUCCUUUUAAGCUUAGGAUGAAUAAGAAGAUUUUAAAGCUGACUUUGUAUGUGAAAUCCCUGGCUGAAGUCAUGGCAGCUAACAUUGCUGGAUUGCCAGUGGUUUAUAUACCAGGCACACUUGGGUUUUUGUGCCAUUUUAAAACCUAGCAAAUAGUAACAUUUCCAUGUCUGAAACCCUGAUACAAUACUCGCCUUCUGGCUUGCAGUCUCAUUCAAAAAAAGGCGGUGAUGUCGCGCCAACACUGGAUAUGGGGCUUUUUGAUUGGACGGAUUAUGAAGACUUGAAGCCGGAUACCUGGCCAUCCCCAAAAAAGAAAGGUAAACAGACUUUGCCAGAAAAUGGAGAAAAGUUUACACACCCCGUAUUGAAUCCAGCUGGGUAUUCAGUAAAUCCUGCACGAUUAUCACAAUGUGAGGUCUGUUAUGCUGUAACGUGUCACUAAUUUCCCAGAAAGAGUGUUUUUGAGAGAUCACAAAUAAUAUAACUAACAGAAACUAUGUAAUUGAGAGAUCAUAAAAAUACAAUCACAAAAACAAUGUUACUAAGAGAACACAAACACACAACUUGACAAAUGGAAACUGUAACACUGCUUAUUGUUUCUUACAGGGAAGCAGAAAGAUAAAUUUAAUACAACCUCAAUGGCUGAGGUAGAGCCAUGUGAUCACCAUCUCGAUUGCCUCCCAGGUAAGGGGACGUGCCAAACACAUCUAUAUUCUUUCUGACUGACUUAUUCAAAUAUAGUCGUCCUGAAUAUUACUUUUUUUUCUCUGCUUAAAUGGGCAGUUUAUGUGUGAAGAGUGCAUGGCCAUUUUUUUUAUUUUUUUUACAAAAAAGUGGAGAUUUUUAAUAGAAAUGUACACUUUUAUAAAUGCACCUUUUUACAACCCCCUGGCUGUCAAUCAGACAACAGAUCUGUUACUUCCUGGUUUGUUUAGCUCAGUGAAGUUAAACUCAAGAGGCAGCAAUUGCCUUGCAAAGACUUCUCAUUGAUGUGUAUUUGGAAGUCUGUGAUUGGACAGCCACAGAAAGUCAGGGUGGGGUUAGAAGGGGAGGGCCUGCAAAGGCUGCAGACAAGAGAUUUGCAGCUUUUGCAAGCUCUUUUUUUUUUUUUACCACCAAUGAAAAAAAUAUUAAAUGCUUACACUGGCCUGCCCACCCAUCCCAAUCUUCAUAUCUCCCAAUGUUGGGAGGUUUGGAUUCAUGUGUGUGUGUGUGUACACAAGAAACUGUUUUACAUAUGUGUGCUUUACAUGUUUGACUACACACAUGUACAUUCAGGCUUCCCAUCUGGUUGUAAAAUGUGCUUAGGCUGAGAGUACAUGCAUUAAUCACUCCAGUCAGUAGAUCGUCUUUACUCUUUUAUUUCCCCAGGUUCCUGCUGUGAUCUGCGGGAACAUCUCUGCAAAGCGCACAAUCGAGGGUUGAACAAUAAGUGCUACGAUGACUGCAUGUGCACAGAAGGUGCGGACAUCCAUCGGCCUGGCUGCCGGAGUUUAAUGAGUCUGAUAUUGUUUAUUAAAUAAUAGUUUCACUAAUCUCCAGGAAUUGUGUAGAAUCAAAAAAAAAAAAAAUAGCAAAUUUUAGUUGUGAAAAAAAUUGAUGAAUUUGAUAUUUUUGGUUUUAAUUGCAGAGUAUUGCAAUUCUUUCUCAUUUUCCUCAGUUUCCUGUUUGGUGAAUAACGUUUGAGGGGUAAUUUGUGGUGUUUUCUUUCUGCUUGCCAGCAGUCGCUAUAAAUGUGGAACCGGGAUAGACUAUUGCACUUGGCAUCAGACUACUGACAUAUUGACUGGCUGAGGAAAAUAGGAAUUUUUUUUUAACCCAACCUGUAUAAGUUGACCAAUACCAUUGUCAGUCAUUUUUCUUAAUUUAAAUUUUUAAUUUUUUUGCAGGUCUGCGCUGCUAUGCCAAAUUUCACCGUAAUCAGAGAGUCACCAGGAAGAAAGGGCGCUGCGUGGACCCAGAAUCAAUCAACAAAGAUCAAGGAUCGUUCAUAUCCGUUUAAAUUAUUUCUGGAGUUUCAGCCACGCUGCAGCAUUUGCCAAACAGAUUUGAAAUCUGACUAUUUUGUAUGGGGGUGGGAGGGCGUCAGUGGUAUCAAAUAGUCACCCCGGGGAUUUGGUGUGAACAGGGCCACUGGUUAAUUGUAAAAACCAGAAAAAAAAAUCUUAACUGUAACAUUAUGAAUAAUGGGUUAUUGACCAAAUUAUUGUUUUCCUAACACUGAAUUCACAAUGGGCAUUUUUAUAAAUAAAAAUAAAAAAAUCGAUCCUUAAUCCAUAACAACAAUAAUUAAUUUAUAUGAUUAUCUGUCUCUGAGAGCUUGGAGAGAUAUGUGAUAUCAUGUGCAUUAAUGUUGGUCAAAUUGCCAGCUGGCCGUACAGGAAAUACAUUGUAGUUUAGCCGAUCAUCAGUAAUAUUCUGUACAAUUUCUUGGUCGGGAUUUUUAAACGACUUGAGCUAUAGAUCGAUUGCCCAAUUUCCCUUCCCUACAACCCGUCCUUUGUAUCUUGUGACAGUUGACACUGAAUGGCUAAAUCACACGACUGUUUUUUUGCUGUAAUAGAAUAUCAAACAGAAAUUCCACAAUUCCAGAUUAUUACCGCAGCCGCCAACGAGCCAGUGCUUCCAGUAAGGAGAUAGCAUUACAGGGAAGGGAUGCACCUUUUAUGGAUCACCAAAUUGGUUGCAGAGAGGAAAUAACAUUGCAGUGCAGCUGGCUUCCUAUGGAAUUUUAUGAAAUUAGGAUUUAAACUCGCUCACUGCCAUAAAUUAACCCGAUUGCGGUUUUUCUGAAUUCUGAGAAGUGUGUGAAUUUCUGGCAAUUCAAAGUAAAUUCAAAGUGAAUUUCAGACCAUAAUAAAAGAACUGGGAAAGAAAUCUUCCAAUUUGAUUACUUCGGCCUAAAAUUUUAAACUCAAUGUGAGUCCCUGACAAUACCUGCUGUAACGGAUAAUCCUGUAUCAAUCAGAUAUUCAUUCCAUAUUUUUGCAGCAAUUAACCCUUCCAUAUGUACAGUCAAGGUAUAGCUCACCCUCUGGCACUCAAUAGUCCUUAUCAAUUAUACUUCACAGACUGACAAACAAUACAUUACAUUCAGGGUUUCAAUGUUUAUCACAGCUAUUCACAAAAGUAAGAAUUCAAAGUGAAUUUCACAUUUUAGACCAAAGUAGCUGAACUGGCUUGGUGAAUUUUUCCAAUUCAGCUACUUCAGUCUUAAAUGUGAAAUUCACUCUGAAAUCUCACUUUUGUGAAUAACCCUGUACAUGUUUCUCAUUCAGAGACUGACGCUCUCCCCCCAAAAUGUUAUAAAAUGCUAACCCCAGAUGUUUGUGAACUACAGAUCCCAUGAUCCUCAGCCAGCCAAAAUCAUGGCUGAACAUACUGGGAAACAUUUGACUUACUAGGGUUAGACAUUGUUGGUCUAGUGGAGGGAGCAGGGAAGCCCCUCUCUGAAAUCCUUGCAGCCGUCUAUGCAAUGAUGCAGAGAGCUCCAUGGUAUUACAUUUGGUGUCUGUCGUGUCCUAUGGUAAAGAAUAUUUCUGGAGGUUUUGGUGACGGGACGGUCCCUUACACAGAACAAGGAGAAGGGGAACUGCAAGGCCGUUACCGGUACUCCGCAGACAGUUCACGUUUUUCAUGAAUUUACCGAACUCUCCUUGAAGGAUUUCUAAUGAUUUGGCAGACGAGUUAGUAAUGAGAUUGUGUAAAUGAGAAGUGAACUAUUUCUCUAGUUUGUAAUUUUUGGAUUUUGUAUAUUAGGAUUAUUAGAGGGAUUUGGGGUUUGUGGUUUGACUUUUUACUGUAUCGUAUUACCAUGGUAACACGUCGAGACUUUCCUAAAGGUUUUGUUAUUUGGAAGUUCACAAAAUGUGACUUUUGAUGUAAAUAAAUGACAUUUGUU